AAACAGGCGGAUGGAGAAUCUGAGCCUCUGAAACGCUUUCUCGCCUUGGCAGCCGCAGCCAAAACAACAAUCGGAGACCGCUGUUUCUCUUCGGUCAAUAUUUCUUUAUUUUUUUUUUAAUCAAGUCCUGAGCCCAUACGACGACUUAAGGGGAAACAUGAUGCGCUCCGGCAUUCAUUUAUUUAUUUUAUGUUUAUUGAUUGAUUUAUUGGAAGAAAUGGAAAUGGACUGACAGCUAUUGCUUUGGGUUUCGGAGGUAUUGCUGACCUGUGGUCCGUGUGUUGACGCUGGACACGCUGGUCCUCCGACCUUUAAAAAAUCUCGUAUUUGUUUAUUUAUUUAUUUAUUUACUUGCAUGAAGCUUCAGUACACGCCUCUGCGCGCGGGCAAGUGAUCUCUUCUCACGUCCGUCGCUGGUGUGUGUAGGGUGGAGGGGGACCAGAGCGGAAUGGACGCGCUGGUCUAGCGGCGAAAGAUAAUACCUCAUGUUCCCUUUUUCGUCAGCGAAAUGAAUUUUACCUAAAUUACAAAACCGGGAAGCGGAGCGAACCACGUAUGGCUUACAUUUCGUGUCCUUUUUUGCAGUGAAUGUACAGAUUGCUUCCAUUGAUGAGCUGGGCGCCCACUCGAGCGCUGUAAUUUGUGGGCAAAAUAGACUAGCGGCGUCUUGCAGGAACUAUGGGAGUAGGAUCGUCUAUUUUUUCAUGAUUUCACCUGCAUUUUAGAAUGACUUUCUAGCAGAAUGCGGUGACAGGAUUUUCAGGCGAGCAUCGUUGCGCUGUUUCCGGGUUCUGGCUGGUGUUUCCCCCAUUGUAAACUAUUGGAAAAACAGCAGAUCCAGAUGGCAUGGACACUUGAGCAAGGUCUGCCGCUCUGCCGUGCUACUGGAGCCUAUUUACAGUCUCCUACUCUAACACCGCUCCAUCAUCAUCACCCGGCCGCCCCGAGAGCACUGCAGCAACGCGACCAGCGACCACAGAGCCAAGGCAGGCGGCAUGAGGCUUGAGUUAGUACAUUUCUCCAUGCUGGUCAUCGGGGUCUCCUUCGCCUGCUACUCCCCGAGUUUAAAUUCCCUGCAGGACCAAGCUUACAAAUCAGCGGUGGUUAUUGAAGGCAAGGUGCAGUCCGUGCCCGCGAACGUCACCGUAGAGCCGUACAGUGUGAAUGUCAAAGUCCUGGACGUGUGGCCGCGGAACAGUGGGGGGCUAGCGCGAGAACAGCUCGUCACCGUCGGGGAGUUCGGCUUGGAGGCUCCAUGCACCAAAGUGAAAAAGAACCACAAAUACAUAUUUUUCAUGGACCCAACCGACGAGCCCUUGGUUUUCAAGGCAUCGUUCGCUCCCCUAGACACCAGUGGGAAGAAUCUAAAGAAAGAUGUUGGGAGAAUCUUAUGCGAAGACUGCGCCUCUGCACCGAAGCUGAAAAGACUAAAGAGCCAGCUGGUGGACGAGGGGAGCAGGCUGACAGUGAAGUGCGAGGCCUCUGGAAACCCGCCCCCGUCCUACAGGUGGUACAAAGAUGGCAGCGAGCUCAAGAAGAGCAAGCAGAUCAAAAUAAAGUCCGGCACGAAAAACUCCAGGGUACAGAUCAAUAGAGCCCGACUGGAGGAUGCUGGGAAUUACACAUGCGUAGCAGAGAACCUACUGGGGAAAGAGAACUCCACAGGCACCAUUAAUGUCCAAAGCAUAACCACCACACUGUCUCCCGGCUCUGGCCACGCCCGAAGAUGCAACGAGACGGAGAAGACCUACUGUGUGAAUGGCGGCGACUGUUACUUCAUACACGGUAUAAAUCAGCUGUCCUGCAAAUGUCCGCCUGAUUACUUUGGCCCACGGUGCCGGCAGACACAGCCGCUGCGGUUAUACAUGCCCAAACCUUAUAAAACGCAUCUUGGGAUUGGAUUCAUGGAGGCGGAGGAGCUUUACCAGAAGAGAGUUCUGACAGUGACGGGCAUCUGCGUGGCACUGCUGGUGGUGGGCAUCGUGUGCGUGGUCGCCUACUGCAAAACCAAGAAGCAGAGGAAAAAAAUGCACAGUCACCUGCGACAGAACAUGUGUGCUGACCAUCCCUCUCGAACCCUGGCUAACGGACCCAACCAUCCUGGACCGGGCCCAGAAGAGAUCCCUAUGGUAGAUUACAUCUCGAAGAACGUCCCGGCCACCGAGCGGGUAAUUCGGCACGCGGCAGAGACCUCCUUCCCCGGCAGCCGAGCGAACUCCAGGUCCCACCACUCAUCCACCCCUGCUCACUCGUCCAAUCACAGACAGGAAGGGCGCACGUGGAGCCUGGACCGGACGGGCAGCGCGCUGUCGGAGGCGCGCUCGGGCGUGAUGACGUCAUCGUCGGUGGGCACCAGUAAAUGCAGCAGCCCCGCCUGCAUGGAGGCCUGGGCCCGCCGGUCGGCGCGCUGCGGCGUCACCGAGCCCCACCGGCCCGCCCCGCAGUACGGCGACUCCUUCGACUCCCUGUGGGACUCCCCGUCCAGCGAGAGGUACGUGUCAGCGCUGACCACGCCCGCCCGCCUCUCGCCCGUGGACCUCCUCUACUCACUGCCCCCACAGGUGCCUACCUUCCAGAUCACGUCUCCCAACGCCAGCCACGCCCUGUCCCUCCCGCCCGCCACCCGCUCCUCCUACCACCUGGAGGACGACCAGCCGCUGCUCCGCCGCUACCAGGUGCCCCUGCACGACGUCCAGCGGGCCGACCCGUACCGCCAGACGCGCCGCACCUACCUGAACGACAGCACCGGCAGCCUGCCGUCCAGCCCCUACCGGCUGGCCGACGAGGAGGACUACGAGACCACCCAGGAGUACCUCUCCUCGCUGGAGCAACCAAAGAGAAGCGCUUCCGGCGGGGGCGGCGGCGGCAAGCGCUGGAGGAGGUCCCGGCUGAACGGGCACGCGUCGGCCCGCGGCGAGGCGGGGCGGGACUACGGCCCGCGGGGCUACUUCCUGUCGGACAGCGAGUCGGAGGAAGAGGAGCAGGGCGAGAGCACGCCCUUCCUCAGCAUGCAGAACAUGAACGCCGAGCCCGUCACCGUCUACAGAGCGGCGGACAGCCGGACUUCGCACGCGUCGGGGGGGCGGCACGGCGCGCGCGGGAACACGCAGGCCAGAGCGGCGCACGCUCGGUCCAAACAGGACCCCGCACCCCGCUGAAAACAAACAAAAACACUGACUCUACCCAACAAAAAACAUAUACUAAAGACCUGCACCUAUAAGAAAUAUUUUUAUUUUAUAUAACAAGACAGAUAUUCUAAACAAAUGAAAUAUUUAUUUUCCUUUUAGCAAAAGUUGUCUACUAGCUAACAGCAAAGACUUUUUUUUAUAGGUAAACUAUUUAUAUGUACAUUUUGAUUUACAGCAUAAAAAGAAAAAAAAAGACGUGCCAAUUUUUUCACAACUUAAAAAAAUAGAAUAAUAUUGUGGUGCCUUUUGCUGUAUGCCGAUGCCAGAGACCCAGCUGAGUGUUUUCUAGCCUUUCUUAUACGGACUCCUCAUUUUUAUACACCUUUUACUUCUCUUUCCUCCUUUUUUCUUUUUCUUUUUUUCAGCGUGGUUCUGCGGGAUAUCCCCCCUCCCCCCAUUCCCCCAUGUGACAUUCUGUGCUCCUCAUGCAAUAUGAACCACUUCCGCAUAAGCUCUACGUUUACAUGGAUGUGCUUAUCAUUUUUACUUUUUUUUGGUUGAAAAAACAGGAAAUUAACAAAUGCAAUGGGAAGCCUGCUUUCCCCUGUCCCGGGGAGAGAGGGCUGUGUGCUGAAUGUGAGUCACGCCGACUGGUUUUGUUUGGUUACCCGCUGCUGUGGAGAGGUGUGGCACGCAAUGCGGACGGUGUGAAAUGGGGUGUCACCGGGCGAGGAGGGGUUCUGCCUUGCCAGUGCCACGGCACUGUAGUCGCAGUCUGAGUUUGAAAGUCCAGGUUCAGAAAGUAAAAGUCCUCCCCAGAAUUUAGUUCCAGUCACCUGGAUUUGGUCAUUAGCACAGUUCCUCAGCCAGGAGGUAGAGCUAAUUAGUGAAAUCAGCUGGCUGAGUUCAUGGGUGGAAGAAACACAAGACAGGACUCUUACUUUUGCAAACCCUGAACCUUCUAGCUCUGGUUGUGGUGGGAUGUGGGGUGUUUUGUCUGUGAGUGCAUUCUUCUGAAAUGGGGCCGCUUAUCUGGGGUAGAGAAUGCCUGGUCUGAACCAACCCAAAACCCUUUCACCGUAAACCUGCACCCCUCAUCCCACACCGCUCACCACACCCUACACCCCAUAGCUUGCAGUAAAUCCCCCAUCCCAAACCCCACACCCCUACACUAUACACACCACACUCCACACCCGCACGCCCACGCCCUGUAUCCCUCAUUCCUUGCUCAGACCCUACCCCUCACCCCACAUCAGGCAACCCCCCCCCCCCCCCAGCUAUGACCAAGAGCCCCCAGUGUCUCAGGACCUUCACACACCCCAAUGCUGCUUCACUUCCACGCACCUACCCCUUUGUCUCAUCAGCUCCUCAUGGAUCAACAUAUCAUGUCAUAUUACAGUUAUUCUUGUGUCAUAUCACAUCUGUUUUUUCUGUUACAUCACAUUACAUAUAUUCCUCUGUUAUUUCACAUCCAUAUUUAUAUCACAUCUGUCUCUCUCAUCCCUUAUGGAAUUGGAAUAUAUUGUAAAUAUACUGAAAUAAAUAUAUUAUCAAUAUGUCGCAACACUUCCGUAAUAUAUUGACAAAUAUACAAAUCAUGGCUUCUUUAAGAUAUAGUGAUGUAUUACACUUCUGUGUGAUAUAUAUUUAUCAUUAGAUUUUCUACAUAGGCCCACAUAUUUAUAAUGUAUUGCAGUAUAUUGCUUUUACAUAUGGGAUAUGAAAUAUAUUCCUCAAUAAAGUCACAUCACAUACAUUCCUCUAUCUCAUCUAUUUCUUUGUCACUUCACAUCCAUUCCCUUCCGUCUAUCACACAUCACAUCCCCUACCCUUUUGUGUCUUGUGUCACAUCUCUUCCUGUCCCAGAUUCAUGCCUCUUCCAUGCACACAAUAAAUACCUGUGAAACUCCAGAAAGAUCAUAAAAUGGCAAAAUAUGCAAACUUUGUAUUUAGAUCUGUUAGGUCUGUUAGAUGACAUUGUUUUCUAUGAGGUGUGAUGACGAUAGUCCAUUGUGUGGAGACUCUUAGGAAACGUCUUCAGUGUGCUUGAGUUUGUGUGCAAACAUCAGUUAACAAGACAACAUAAAUCUUCCAUCGCUGCAGAAUAUAUCAGCUAUUAUUAUUAUUAUUAUUAUUAUUAUUAUUAUUAUUAUUAUUAUUAUAUUGUCACCAUCACAGGAAACAACAUCUUGCUAAAUCCUUGGUACAGUACAUUUAUCUUUACUGUAAUUAUGCCUUUUCUGCCAACUUACGAUACUUUCCUCUCACUUUUAUCGAUACCAAAAGCAUUUUCUGACCUCUGCCCAUAGGCCAACUGAUUAUCUUCACUGAUUGCUGAUUGGCUAUCCUGUGUUUCACAGGCUCUGAUCAGCUGACAACAGACACAUAAUCACAGGACCAUAUUUCUGUAUUUAUUUGGUUAUUUUCAGUGCAGAUCACUCCUUUUUGCAUGUUGCUCCUUUCUUUCAUGUUUGGAGACUUUUUCCCCCUAAAUAUUGACCAAUAAUGUUUUGUGUUGAUCCUUUCCACAGUACUUAGCAGUGAGAAGUGGAUCAGAACAUGUCCCUCACAAAGUUAUAGAAAUUAGAUUAGUUUCAGCUCGAUAAAAAAAACACAGAAGUAAACAAACAACACUAAUUAUGAACCACAUUCCAUGAACAAUUUUCAGUAGAACUGGCCUGUGCUAAACUGAAUCAAUGAUUUCUCAAGAGAAAAAUCUAACCUGUUUGAAGUAUAUGAAUGAGUACCUGUUCUUUUCUUGAAGACACAGUGGUAAAACUAUAUUUAAUAAACUGGGAGGUUAUUUUCUUUCACUUGAACUGAUUUCAUUUUUUUUCUUUCCUGGGUCUUAUUCUGUAUAUUUGGAGUAUGCAAAUGAAGACACUGCUUAAUAAUUAGUUUAAGUGUGAUCCCCCACCCCCGUUAGAAUCCUAUCUGCCAGGCGGUUUCUUUCUACUACCUUUUUAUUUCUCUUGCUUGAAUUUGGGAGCAUCUCCCUUUUGCAUGCCCCUGUGGUCCAGAUAGACGGGUGCAUGGUAAAAAAGCAGUGACUGAAAAGUUUUCCAGUGAAAGUGUAUUUCAUUUUUACAUUCAGCAAUAAAUCCCUUUUUUCCAUAUCCAUACUUGGAAUAUGAAAGAUUUUUUUCUCUUUUUUUUGCGAGAUUGUCAUAGAUGUAAAAUAAAAUGGAAAAAAGAAAAGAAAAUCAAACCACCUGUUCAUAUGAAAAAAAUAAAUCUCUAUUCAUACCAUUUUAAA